CUCUCGACGCCCGCCACCCAUUCCGUCGCGAACCACCGGCCGUGUCGCACGCAGCCAUGAUUGAUUACGCGCGCCCCUACGACCAAAGCAUGUGCGAUCUCUAUCUGCCUCCCACACCACCGGCGCCCGCGCGUCUUGAUGAUUUUCAAGUUUUCAAAAAGGGUAACCCUUCUCACAUCUACGGAAACUAUUACAAUAACUACGAAAUGUACGGAGAACCAGAAAUCGACACUGCCGCCAACGUUUACCACAACCUCGUAAGCUCUCGCGAGUACCGUCACGAGGACUGGAAGCAAAAAAUGGUCAUCGAAUGGAAUGACAAUGAAACUGUAUCCUGGAUAAUCGAUUGUGCCGUCACCCACGGAUUUUGCGAGUAUGAUGUACCGUUUUAUAAUUUCAGUGUUCCAGGUAUGGAAUUUAGAAAUAUGAGACGAGAAGAAGUCCAACAGAGAAUGGCUCAUCCCAGCGUCGAUCCUAACCUAUCAAGAAGGAUAGGUGACACAAUUUUCGACAAAUUGCAGAAUCGCUUAAAUGAAGACAUGCUACGACAGUCGACAGUGUUUAAAUACGUGGAGAGUGAUCCGUACCAAAGUAAUGAACCAGUGAAGACAGUGUUAGAUUUGGACUCUUUGGACCAUAAAAACAGGUUAUAUGCUUCGGGCUAUAAACCAAAUGACAUUAGUUUGUUUCAAGCUGCCGACUCCAGCGAUGAUGCCGAGGAUGUAUUUCGUUCCUCGGAAACGGCAUCGCCGGAGUGUUCAUACGGUAGUGAUGGUAGCAAAUCCGGUGACGAGGAAGAGAAAAGAAAAAUGUUUAAAAGACCACCCGGACGGCCUAAGGGCAGCGGCAGAAAAGUAUGCAAGCGCCCUAGAAGCGUGUCCGUACCAGAGUUUCUCCGAAAUCUCUUGUUUGACGAAAAGUAUUGUCCCUCUAUCAUCAAAUGGGAAGAUCACGCGCAAGGAAAGUUUAGAUUCGUGAAACCAGACGAAGUGGCAAAACUCUGGGGUCAGAUGAAGCAAAACGACAACAUGACGUUUGAGAAGUUCAGCAGAGCCAUGCGGUAUCACUACAGACAAUCCGUCCUGGUGUCUGUCCCCACGGCACGAUUGGUGUACCAAUUCGGCCACAAGGGGCCCGAUUUCAAGACAGACAACCCGAAUUUCAUGAAAGUAAAGUCAGAAAUCGACGUACAUGACAUGACAUAUUCGAAUUCGUAGUGGAAUAUUUAGAAUUUAAGGAAUUUAUUGGGAAACUAUGCUCAUGAUGAAGUUGAGGCGAUGAUAGUUAAUGUUUCAUGUUUGUAACCUGGGUGCGAUACUCGAAGCUGAAGUUAGACUAGUGUUGGUAAUGCGAAUCUCUGUUGUAAUAAGAUAAAUGAAAAAUGAAAAAAAAAAGAAAGAGAGGAAGUAAAAGAUGUUUCCGUGAUAAAUGUAAGAUAGUCAAAUGCUAGAGAGAUCAUGCCCAGGAAUAAGUUGUUUGAAAUGAAUAAGAAUAGGUAUUAGAAGGAAUUUUGGAAAUUAUUACGGAUUAUAUAGAUAUUUCCAGAUAGUAAUGAGUGUGGUUAAAGUAAGCUCGGUGUCCAAUUCGGUCUCGUUUUGAAGGUUGUAACUGAACAAUGAAUGUUGGAUUGUUGCCGUCAAUUAAAGGUUGUAUGCCCGACUUGUUGAAGUGUCCAUAUUAUUUUUUUAAGUAAUUAUUAAAUUUCGAUGAAUGCUUUUAUCCUCGACGUGGAGUUUUCGUGGUCGAACUUUUAUGGUUGUUCAGAGUUACGAAUUUUUGAUAAAGUAUUUUUGAAAUUUCGAUCGUUGUUACCAUAAUAAAUAAGAUUAGUUUAAAUAGACUAUUAUAGUUACAAGAUAUAUUUUAAACAUUCCGAUUUUUAUUUAUAUUAUUUCUGAUAUAUUUGAUAUAGAGUUUAUUUUCUAAUUUGUAGUAGGUAGUUAUUGUUGCCAUACUUAUUAUCGUUUAAAAUGUACUUAAUUACAUUUGUAUUGUAUAUAUUACUAUUUCAAAUUUGUUAUUUCACUUGAUAGAUAAUAGUUAUAAUAAGUUUUUUUUUCUACGACUAUUUAUAAUCUCCUAUCUCAGUGUUAGAUUUAAUUUAGAAUAAUAUCUAAGUAUGAAAUGGCGCGCAUGUGCAAUAAGAAAUAAUGACAAGUGUCAAGAUCUGUCGGCCAAAGAUUAUGUAGUUUGAAAAAUGGUACAUUAUUGAUUUAAGAAAGAUAGAUUUUUUGAUAUUAUAAGUGUAAUAUAGUUUUAAGUUGGUGACUCUCAGGCAAUUGCUGUGAUGUAAAGUAAAUUUUGAAUCGAUUUAGUUUAUGUACAUAGUUAUCUACAUAUUUGAAUCAACGAAUUAUAUAAUUAAGAAUUACAACAAUUAAUAUACAUCCCGUUUUAAUUGCUAAAUAUAAUUUAAAUAAUAUAUUAAUCACUUAUAAGUAUAUUUCCUUUAUUACUUUAAUAAUGUCAACGUAUAAAAAUUGUCUAGUAUUAACAAUUGUCAAUUUUACUUCAAGUACAAAAUUUGUGUCUUCAUUUUUUAAAGUAUUAAUAUAAUGAAGUACAUUCUUAUAAGCAAUAGAUGUUAAAAUAUUUCAGAACGUAUAUUGAGAUAUUCAUGAUUAUUGUAACUUAUAUAUAAUAAUAAUUGCAUAAUAUUUACAUUAUUAUCUAUGAAAAACAAAAGACAGGAAUUGCUUUAAUUGUUGACGUUUUUCAAACUCCAACCAUUAAAGUUUAAUCGAUUUAUGCAAAUAAAAUCAGUAUUGUAGAGCUCAUGACGUUCUCAGUAACUAAAAUUGGUUACGACAUUAAUUAUAAAAAAUAAGAAUUUUGAGUUUAAAAGGAAUAAGAUGUUAUCUUGACCUAAAAUAUUAGCCAAAUAUUCUGGUUAUUUAAAAAAAAAUGUAAGUAAAUACUGAAAAAUAAAAUCAAUCGAACUUGAUUGUAAAUUUGUUCACUUCAUAAUUUUUCUCAAAAUUCUUAAUAUUAGACGACGAUUUGUUCUCUUUAAAUAUGUGUCACACCCAUUCCAUUAUGAAAUAUUAUUUAUUAAUAUAACUUACACAAAAAUCAUAUUAAAUAUUUUCAAAUAAGAACUUUAUUGGAAUGCGGCAUAAGGGCAGUUCGAUUACUCUUUAUAGCUGUACAACAGAUAUACUAACAUAUUUUUUAUGCUUAAAUGCAAUACAAUUUUUUCUUUUAAAAAAAUAUGAAAUAUAAUAAUUUAUUUUAUACGUAUUUAUGAUGAACAAAUGUACAAAGCCUUAAAAGUCAGUACUAUGUUUUUAUCCAGUUUUUAAUUUAAGUUUAUUUUUAUUAAUUUACAAUAUAAUUGUUUGAGUUUUAAGUUUUUAUUUUAAGUUUGUUUCAUGUGCAAUUGAAUUAUUUCAGAAUUAUACGAAAUAGAUGAAAGAUUAUACGAAUUUUAAAUGUGAAAA